CAUGGUUUCAUUGCAUCCAUACAAGGAAUAAGCGGACCCAUCUACCCUCAGUUUCAAUCCGUUACUUCGGUUGUCCGGCCAAAGAAGGGCCUUUCCAAAAUCAUGACAACCGUGAAACCCGAGCCGGUCGAUGACAACAACGUCGCUGGCAGCGCCGACCAUGUCGACACCAUCAGCUAUCUUCAGAGGCUCAUUGCGCCCGACAACCCGCCGGAGAUCCUUGAAAAGGGUGUCAGUAUCGGUGUGCGGGUCCUCGAAAACCUCAAGAAAUCACUAGCGUCUGGGCCUGCACAAACCUCGGGCCCCGGAUGGCUAAAAGCAAUUGCCGAUCUCGAGGCUCUUGCAAAGCCUACACGCACUAUUGUUGGCGUCGUGGGCAAUACAGGAGCCGGGAAAUCGUCCGUCAUCAGUGCUGUCCUCGACGAAGAGAGGCUACUCCCGACAAACUGCAUGAGGGCAUGCACGGCGUCCCCAACUGAGAUUUCGUACAACUACUCAGAAGACCCUGACGAGCUGUAUCGUGCCGAGGUCGACUUCAUCACCGCUGAUGAUUGGCUUAAGGACCUCCGCGGCCUCUAUAGCGACCUUCUGGAUGGCAAUGGCGAGGUGUCUCGAGAGUGCAGUAACCAGGAUAGUGAUGCUGGCGUCGCGUACGCCAAGAUCAAAGCCGUCUAUCCCAGGAUGACCAAGGAGAUGAUCGCACAAGCGACUCCUGAAUCUUUGGUCAAUCAAACCGCCGUCCGCCAGGUCCUGGGCACUGUCAAGAAACUUCGAGCGACGACGUCUGCCAGUUUAUACCGUCAACUGCAGGACUAUGUCGACAGCAAGGAAAAGAACACUGAGAAGCGCAUGGAGUACUGGCCCCUCAUCAAGGUUGUCCGCAUCUACACCAAGGCCGCUGCCCUCUCCACUGGCGCUUGCCUGGUCGAUCUUCCUGGUGUCCAGGACUCGAACGCAGCGCGUGCCGCCGUAGCUGCCAACUACAUGAAGGCCUGCACUGGCCUGUGGAUCGUUGCCCCCAUCACCCGGGCGGUGGACGACAAAACAGCCAAAUCGUUGCUUGGCGACUCUUUUAGGCGCCAGUUAAAGUAUGAUGGCACGUAUUCGGCCGUGACCUUCAUCUGCUCCAAGACGGACGAUAUCUCCGUCACCGAGGCGGCAGAGAGUUUGGGUAUUGAGGAAGAGAUCUCCGAGUCCUGGUCUAGGAUCCAAGAGCUCUCGGACGACAUCAGGAAGCUCAAGUCCGACAUGAAUGAUCUCAGAGAUGAGCGAGAUGCCUGCAACGACCUGAUUGACAAGAUCGAGCAGACGUGGGACAAGUGGGAGGCUUUGGGCAGCAAGCUGGCUAAUGGUGCCACUGUCUAUCCGCCCAAUUCGCCGAGCAAGAAGCGCAAGAGGCAGUCCGGACCGAAGGGCAGUCGCAAGAACUGCUGCUCGAGUGAUAUCGACAGCGAUUUCUCGGAUACAGACGGCUCAGACUCGAGUGACAAGGAAAAUCAAGAGGCACGGAACGAGGAGAGGGAGCCUCUCACAUCUGAGCAGGUUGACGCCAAGCUUGCAUCUCUGAAGAAUGAGAAGAAGGAAGUCCGAGCCAAGAAGAAGGAGAUUGAAGAAAAAAUCAAGGCCUUCCGUGAGCGGAUCAAACAGUUGACUGCCGAGAAAGAGGUGAUCCUUGCCGAAGUGAAGGCUGUUUGCAUCCAGGGCAGGAACGAGUACUCCAGAAAGGCCAUUAAGCAGGAUUUUGCAAUGGGCAUCAAAGAGCUCGACCAGGAAAACGCGGCGGAGGAGGAUGAGGCCAACUUCGAUCCCGAUGUCGAUCUUCGGGACUACGACGCCGUCGCCGCGUCGCUUCCCGUCUUCUGUGUCAGCAGCCGGGCGUAUCAAAAGCUGAGUGGCCGGCUUCAGAAGGACGACUUCAACGGGAGCGGCUUCCAGUCGCCUGAGGAUACCGAGAUUCCCCAGCUUCAGGCGCAUGCUAAGAAGCUCACCGAGGCGGGCCGGACCGCUGCUGCCCGCCGCUUCCUCGAUAGCCUAAUGCAACUCCUCAACUCGAUGACCAUGUGGGCAUCGGAUGAUGGAACCGGCUCAAGCCUUACGGACACGGAGAAGGGGAAGGAGGAGACGCGCCUGAGAAAGCAGCUUCGCAAGAUGGAGCAGGUUAGCGACCCUGCUGCGUCAGCACCAACUCAUCGAUCGGACUAACUCCGACUAGGACCUCGACACAAUGUUGCAGGAAUGCAUGGCUUCCAUACACGAGCUUUUGACGGAAAACAUUUAUGAGAACUUUGACAGGUACAUACCGGCGGCGGUCGAUGCGGCGCUGCCUACCGCAUCACAAUGGGGAGCCCCGAGACCGG